CUCAUCAUUGUAGCAACACUUUCUCUCUAGCUUUAAAUCAUUGUUCUUAUUGUUCUUACUAAAAGUAGUAAAGGAUCUUCAUAGUUCUUGGUGUUCUUCAAACUAAUUCCAGAUUUUGCUAUAUUGGGAAACUUAUUAAAUACAAGUAUUAGUCUUUUAAUCGAAGCUUCAUUAUCUUGUUCAUGUGUUUAAGGUUCAUUUAUCACUCCAAGGUACUUAAUCUUUACUCUAUGCCUAAUCUUCAUUAUUUCUUAAUUAGUUUUGCCAUGAUGAUGAUUAGUAGCUAAACCCCUUGUUUGGGGGUUGUUAUGAUUGCCAUGCUUGAUUAAAUAGGUGAUUAGGGUUAGGGUUUAUGGGUGAUGUUGGUUGUUGUGCUUCUUGAGCUUAAUGCUUAGAAUAGGUUGGCCUCUUAUUCUUUGCUAUGUGGUUUAAUUAGGAGGACGAGAGUUAACUAAUUAGACUAUACCUAGGGGAGUACAUGCUUUAGACCUAGAUGCAUUAGCAUGAUCUAGGGCUAUCUUGGUUGUGGAGUUUGCUUGAUUAGUCGGCUCGAUUAACUCUAUCAAAAUCUAUGAGCACGAGAGUGGAUUAGAUUUUGGAAUUGUUAAUCAAGUUUUGACUCAUUCACUUCCGGCUCGAGAGAGCGGAAUUGGUUCCGUAGAAUAGCUUGACCCGACCUAAGCUCCUAUCACCUUGACCCGAACUACCUAGAUAUGACUUUGGCAUGACUAGCAACCUCCAAGCGUUUUUACCCUUAGUUGAAUCCUUAUUGUUCAAUCUUGUUUAAUUGCAAGUUUAGUAGUUGUUUACCUUUAGACUUUUGAUACUUUGAAAACCAUAUUCAUGUUUGCUAAACGAAUUGAAUAGCAACUAAAAUCACUCUCAUCGAUAAUCACUCUUGAAUUCACUCCUUGUGGGUACGAUAACUCGGACUUAGGUCCACUCUAUUACAAGUUGGGUUUAUCCUCAACAAGUUUUUGGCGCCGUUGCCGGGGAGUGACGAGUGUUUAUUGAUUGAUUGAAAUUAGUUGUAUUUCGGUCGAGUUAGUUUUAUUUUCUGUUUUGUUACAAUUGUUUGUUUUUGCUUUUUUUCGGGUUACGCGUGGUUUGCUUGUUGUUGUUUGUGUAGGAUAUCAACUAUAGUGUAUGCACAAUACACGAAGGGCUAAUCUUCCACUAGAACCGUUUCAAGACAAUCUCGGGGGCUUUGAAAGAAGUGUGAGGCGGGAAAAUCAUAGACCCGAUAUCAUGGAAAAUGAGAAUGAAGAUUAUGAGGAAGGUGAGCGGUUCAAUCCUCAAGUGGAAGGAGCGGAACAACAUUAUCCGCCUCCUCCCCCACUUGAGAAUGUGAAUCGCCAAAGGCAUCAAGAACGCCCAAGGGAUGAUCGACCCCACUUGCAUCCACAAGUGCACAAUCAACCAAGACAAACUUUGGGCGAGUUCUUUUUGCCGAAUGUGGAUAAUGCCACGUUUGGAUGCUUUGCAAUGCCGGUUCAAGCGGCAACCUUUGAGAUCAAGCCAAGUACGAUACAACUUUUAGAGAACCGUUGUGCGUUUUACGGGUUGAGUCAAGAGGAUCCCAAUGCGCACAUCGCCAAAUUCUUGGGUGUACUCAAUACGUUCAAGCUUCAUGGGAUAACCGCGGAUCAAAUCAAGUUGAGAAUGUUCCCCUUUUCUUUAAGGGAUAAGGCUAGCUUAUGGCUUCACUCUCUACCCAACGAAUCCAUCCACAAUUGGAGGGAGUUGGCUCAAGCGUUUCUCAACAAAUAUUUCCCUCAUGGCAAGACUACAAAGUUGACCAAGGAUAUUCUUGAGUUUAUUCAAUUUGAAGGGGAGUCACUUUAUGAGGCAUGGGAGCGUUUCAAGGAUUUACAAAGGAGUGUCCCCCAUCAUCGGCUCAAUAAAGAGCAUGUGAUCCAAAUCUUCUAUGAUGGGACGACUAUUACAACUAGAGCAACAAUUGAUGCGGCUUCGGGCGGAUCACUAAUGCAAAAGACGUAUGAAGAGGCGCUAGAAUUGGUGGAAAAGUUGGCGAUAGUUAGUAGCACUUGGGGCCCUAUUGAUAGAAGAGCGCCAUCUACUCAAAAGUCGGUAAUGACUCUUGAUCAAGUGAGGGAAAUGGAGUCCAUAAAAGCAACUAAUGCUUCUCUACAAGCACAAGUGGAUGCCCUCAAGAAACAAGUUGCUCCAAGAAACGCACCGGUCGCCUAUGUUCAAGUGGGAUGUGAGCAUUGUGGGGACUACAACCAUAGUAGUGGGGAGUGUUAUGCCACGGGGAAAGCUUGGAGUGAGCAAGUGAACUAUGUUGGAGGCCAAGGGCAAGCUAAUGACCCGUACUCUAAUACCUACAACCCCGGAUGGAGGAAUCAUCCUAACUUUGGAUGGAGAAACCAAGAAGGUCAAGGCAAUGCUCAAGCCUCCAACCAAGCGGGUCCUAGUUUUCAAGGAGGAAAUAGACCUCAAUAUCAACAACAACCACAAGGUCAAUACCACAACAACCAACACCAAGGGAACAAUUAUGGUGGUAGACCACAAAACCCUCCCGGUUUCCAACAACCAAGGAACACGGAUGAGGGAAACAUGCUUACCAAAUUGAUGGAGAAAUUUGAAAAGAUGGAGGUUGAAAAUAGGCAACUUCACAAUGAAAAUAGGCAAAGGGAGAAGAACCAAGCUUCCACCAUCCAUCACUUAGAGACCCAAAUCUCGCAAAUGGCACUUUCGCUUCAAGGUAGACCUCAAGGGGGAUUUCCCUCUACUACGGAAAACAAUCCUAGAGAGCAUGUGAAAGCCAUCAAAGUUGUGGAACUUCGAAGCGGUAGAGUCCUUGAUGUUGAACAUGAUAAGGAUCUUGAAAAAGCUAAUGGCAAGAGGCCAAUGAUUGUGGAGGUUGAGCCUCAAGUGAUAAUAGAUGUUGCAAGCUCUAGUCAAGAGCUACCAAAGUCGUGUGAGGAGGUGGCUAUUGAUAUUGAUGUUGAAGAACCAUAUGUGAGGCCACCACCACCACCACCUUUUGUGCCUAAAGUACCAUUCCCAAGCCGGUUGAGAAAGGCUCCGGAUAAUGAAAAGUUUCAUAAGUUUCUUGAAAUAUUCAAGAAACUUCAAAUAAGCAUGAGCCUAGGGGAUGCCUUGCGAGAGAUGCCCCAAUACGCUAAGUUCUUGAAAGACAUAAUUAUGAACAAGCGAAGUUGGGAACAAGGCGGAACAAUUCCUCUAACGGAAAGUUGUAGUUCUAUUAUCCAAAGCAAUCUACCGACCAAGCUACAAGAUACAGGGAGUUUCACGAUUCCUUGCUUAAUUGGCACUUCUACUUCUCUUAAUUGUCUUUGCGAUUUAGGUGCAAGUAUAAAUCUAAUGCCGUUGUGUCUUUUCAGGAAAAUAUGUGGAAACCAACCGAUAAAACAAACUUCCAUGAUGCUCCAAUUGGCCGACCAUUCGCUCAAGAGACCGCACGGGGUUGCGGAAGACGUGCUAGUAAAAGUGGGCAAGUUCAUCUUUCCGGUGGACUUUGUUGUGCUUGAUUAUGCGGUCGACAAAGAUUGCCCCAUGAUUCCCGGGCGUCCUUUUUUGAAUACGGGGAGAGCAUUGGUUGAUGUUAAUGGGGGGAAGAUAACAUUAAGAAUGAAUGAUGAGAGCAUGGUGUUUGACAUCAAGCAUGGCAAAAGCAAGUGUGAGGAGGAGAAAUGCAUGAAGAUUGAUACUAUUGAGCCCACAUUGCAUGUGCCUAUGAAGGAGGUUCCUAUGAAAGAACCCGAGGUUGUGUGUGCAAAAAUCAAGACAACACCUCAUGUCAAGCCACGCAAGGGAAAACCAAGACGUUGGGCAUCAUGGAAGUUGAAGCUCAACGGGAUAGCAACCACAAGCAAGAGACAAAUAUGCACGGAAGUUGCUACUCUUGGUGAGUACGUCCAAGUUCGAACCUCUCAAGCACAUUCACAAGCGGGGAAGUUGAUUUCUAAGUGGAGCGGGCCGUUUAAAACACGGCGCAAAUUGGAUAAUGAUUUGAUUGAGUUGGAGGGGGCCAAUGGAGAUGUUUUUAAGGUGCUUGGAGAAUGGUGCAAACCAUAUCCUAGAGUGUUGAUCGAUGAAAGUCGCGAGCAAGUCGCUCUUUUUGAUCCUCCAUGAUUUUGAGGAUCGAUAGUCGAGCUUUCGACUUAAAACAAGCGCACUUGGGAGGCAUUCCCAAGAGGUACUUGGGAGCAUUGCGGAAGCAUUUUGGUACAAAAGAUGGAAAAGUCGACGGAAAAGAGGCGAAAGCUCAUUUGCAAGUCUGAAAAUCCGACCCCGCUGCACUAAUUGGAAAAUUGGAACCGGCUAGAAGCCUCAAAUGAAUUUGUGUUCUUCAUGAAAGUUAAAGUAGACGUCCUAAGCUUUCCAACGGUUCAAGAAUCGACUCAAUCGGACAUUUCUACACCAAGUUAUGAAGUUACGAAGAUCGCGGUUCUGCAGAGCAAAGGGUGUCUCGAACCAAGACACCAAAGUGUGAUAUGUGUCUCGAUUCGAGACAAAUGUGCCUGGAGGCAGAUUAUAGUGUCUCGAACCGAGACACUCCUCCAUUCUAAGUGUCUUGGUUCGAGCUUAGGCUUGGAAAAAGGGGAAUUUCUGAUUUCAAACACAAAAAGGCUUGAUUCUCUUUGCUUCUUUGGGCCAAACACUCCUUGAGUGAAUGUUUUUCUUUCCUCUUUUGUAAACAUAUAAAAACCCUUUUAUCUCUAUUUUAGGUUAUGUCAUGAUUUUGUAGAGAAUUGUUAGACA